UGGCACGCAAAACGAAGCUGGGGCGUGGUCAGAGGAAUUGAAGCGCCGCCGGUCGCCGCUUAUGGUCUCGGGUAUUUGUAGGGGUGCCGGUUACGUCAUGGCGCGAUUUAAGUUUAUCGAUAUUGGUAUCAACUUCACUGAUCCAAUGUUUCGUGGAAUUUACAGAGGAACCCAAAAACACCAAGAUGACUUUCAGCAAGUUGUAGAAAGAGCCACAAAAAUAGGUAUUGAUAAGUUCAUAAUCACAGGUGGAUGCCUUCAGGAUAGUAAGGAAGCGUUGCAGUUGGCACAAACAAAUGAUGCAUUUUACAGUACUGUAGGUUGCCACCCAACUAGGUGUACGGAGUUUGAACAGAAUGGUUCCAGUCCAUAUCUUUCUGAGCUGAGAAACCUAUUGGAAGAAAACAAAAACAAAGUAGUCGCCGUAGGGGAAUGUGGACUUGAUUUUGAUCGACUUCAGUUUUGUCCCAAAGAUGUUCAGCUGAUGUAUUUUGAAAAGCAGUUUCAAUUGACAGAAGAAACCAAACUUCCUAUGUUUCUUCACUGCAGAAAUUCACAUCAGGAAUUUAUAGAUAUAAUAAAAAGGAACCGGGACCGAUUCAGUGGUGGUGUGGUCCAUUCAUUUGAUGGCACCAAAGAAGAAGCAGCUGCCAUUAUAGAUCUAGACCUUUACAUUGGUAUAAAUGGUUGCUCCUUGAAAACUGAAGAUAACCUUGAGGCAAUGAAGUCAAUACCCAGCGAACGGCUAAUGAUAGAAACAGAUGCUCCAUGGUGUGGUGUGAAGAAUACACAUGCUGGUUCAAAACAUAUCAGAACAACCUUCCCAACUAAGAAGAAGUGGGAAAGUGGACAUUGUCUGAAAGACAGAAACGAGCCCUGCCACAUCAUUCAGGUGUUGGAAAUCAUGGCUGCAGUGAGAGAUGAAGAUCCCUAUGACCUGGCGAACACCAUGUACAACAAUACUCUAAAGGUGUUUUUUCCCAGAAGCUGAGCUGGAUUCAUAUUAUCAAAAGCAAGCAGGAUGUAAAGGUUACAGUUUACAAAAACUACUCUGGCAUUUCAGAAUGUUCAUUACAAAGUUAACAAUGUCUUCAGUUUAAAAUCAUUUCUUAUCUUCUGUGGCAAAUGUAAAGUUUAAAAAUAAUAUUGAAAUAAAUGUUAACAUUAUACAGUU